UCUGUUUACAGUGGUGUUCCAAUGUCCCGAGGUUACAGAAAGAAGCAGUGCCAACGCAGACACACAACACGGCAUGACCAUGGGAGUCAUGAAAGGCAUGAUCAUGAGUGCCAUGAGCAAGUGGUAAAGUAUGAUCUAUACAAUGAAGGACAUGAUUCAGAUGAACAGCUCUCAGAUGUGAACUCUAACAUGUCACCAGCUGCACAGAGACUGCGCUGUAUCCUUGGAGAGGAAGAUAACGCCACACCAACACUCUUCACAGAGAUGGACACACUGUACGAUGAAGGUGGAGAACUAGAGUGGAAGGAAUCAGCAAGGUGGGUGAAGUUUGAGGAGAAAGUGGAGAAGGGAGGAGAACGAUGGAGCAAGCCACAUGUUUCCACACUGUCACUGCAUAGUCUGUUUGAGCUGCGUACAUGUUUACAGACUGGUAGCAUCCUGUUGGACUUGGAGGGCUACUCUCUGCCUCAAAUAGUUGAUGAAAUAGUGGACAAGCAUGUGCAGGACGGCCUGAUAGACUCUGAGCUCAGAGAGAAGAUCAGUUUCAUCUUGCUGAGGAAGCAUCGACACCAGACCAAGAAGCCCAUCCAUCGCUCACUGGCUGACAUUGGAAAACCCAGUCCUUUAAGUAAAGAUCAUGUUCAGAGCCGUAGUUUGAAUGAUAUCUCAAUUACUCCAAGUUCUGACCAGCUCAAAAACAAGUUUAUGAAGAAAAUUCCUAGAGAUGCUGAGGCAUCCAAUGUGUUGAUUGGAGAGGUGGACUUCCUGGACAAGCCUUUUGUGGCCUUCGUCCGUCUUGCUCAAGCCACAACAUUGGGUGGACUGACUGAGGUCCCUGUACCAACCAGGUUUCUCUUCGUUUUGCUUGGCCCUCAUGGCAAAGUCAAGUCCUACACUGAAAUUGGCCGUGCCAUUGCCACCCUUAUGGUUGAUGAUCUCUUCAGCAGUGUAGCCUAUAAGGCCAAACACCGUGAAGACUUGAUUGCAGGACUUGAUGAGUUUUUGAAUGAGGUGACAAUUCUCCCACCAGGAGAGUGGGACCCAAAGAUUCGUAUUGAACCACCAAAGAAAGUUCCUUCAGCAGAGAUGAGAAAGUCAGUGUUUUCAUUAAAUGAACUGGGGCAAGCAAAUGGAACUGCAGGAAGAGGAGGAACAGCUGAUGAUGAUGAAGAGAUGCCUGCCACACAUGAGCUGGGAGAGGAACUGAGCUUCACUGGGAGAUUUUGUGGAGGUCUUUGGCUUGACAUCAAACGGAAACUACCAUGGCUGCUGAGUGACUUCUAUGAGGGCUUUCACAUCCAGUCUAUCUCAGCUGUGCUCUUCAUAUACCUGGGAUGCAUCACUAAUGCCAUCACAUUUGGAGGACUCUUAGGAGAUGCCACUGACAACUACCAAGGUGUGAUGGAGAGCUUUCUUGGCACAGCUCUAGCAGGAAUGGUCUUCUGCUUUUUUGGCGGCCAACCCCUCAUUAUCCUGAGUUCCACAGGACCUAUACUGGUCUUUGAAAAGCUGCUCUAUGAAUUCUGCAAGACUAAUGGCAUUGACUAUAUGGAGCUGCGCUUGUGGAUUGGACUGCAUUCCUGCCUUCAGUGUCUCAUCCUUGUGGCCUCAGACGCUAGCUACAUCAUCAAGUACAUGACCCGUUUUACUGAAGAGGGCUUCUCCAGCCUCAUCUCCUUUAUCUUCAUCUCUGAUGCUGUAAAGAAGAUGGUGGGAACCUUUCAGUACUACCCUAUUAACAUGAACUUCAAGCCUGACUACAUCACUACAUACAAGUGUGAAUGUCUGGCUCCAGACCAAGGUGCUUCAAUAGUUUUCAAUUCAUCUGCUCUACUUGGUCAAGACAACUUUACCGAUUACUCUUUGUACAAUUUCACAGUUCUGGACUGGAGUCAGCUGAGCAAAAAUGAGUGUCUAAAGUAUGGUGGGUCUCUGGUGGGAAAAUCCUGCAAGUAUGUUCCUGACCUGGCUCUCAUGUGCUUCGUCCUGUUUUUUGGCACCUAUUCUAUGACCAUUUCACUCAAGAAGUUUAAGUCCAGCCGCUACUUCCCUACCAAGUGGCGUACCUUGAUUGCAGAUUUUGCCAUUAUUAUAUCCAUUAUGGUCUUCUGUGCCCUGGAUUACCUGAUGUCCCUGGAAACUCCCAAACUGCAUGUACCCACUGAGAUCAAGCCCACUCGGCCAGACCGUGGGUGGGUGGUCAUGCCCAUUGGGAAGAACCCUUGGUGGAUGUAUUUAGGUAGCUUUGUGCCUGCACUUCUUGUUACCAUCCUUAUUUUCAUGGAUCAGCAGAUCACUGCUGUUAUUGUCAACCGCAAGGAGAACAAACUUAAGAAAGGAUGUGGCUACCAUUUAGACAUGUUUUGGGUGGGAAUCCUCAUGGCUGUCUGCUCUUUCCUGUGCUUGCCAUGGUAUGUAGCAGCUACAGUCAUCUCCAUUGCUCACAUAGAUUCCCUUAAGAUGGAGAGUGAGUGCAGUGCUCCAGGGGAGCAACCACAGUUUCUGGGAGUGCGAGAGCAGAGGUUGACAGGUAUCCUGGUUUUUGUACUCACUGGAGUUUCCAUUUUUCUUGCUCCUAUACUGCAGUAUAUUCCCAUGCCAGUACUUUAUGGCAUAUUCCUGUACAUGGGAGUAGCCUCUCUCAGUGGCAUUCAGUUUUGGGAGAGGAUGAAGCUUAUCCUGAUGCCUGCCAAGCACCAGCCAGACUUUGUUUUCCUCCGCCAUGUACCUCUGCGCCGGGUGCAUCUUUUCACCUUAGUCCAGAUUACUUGCCUGGCUGUGCUCUGGAUCCUCAAGUCUACUGUGGCAGCUAUUAUUUUCCCUGUCAUGAUCCUGGGACUGAUGGUAGUGAGAAAGAUGCUUGACCUUGUCUUCUCCCAGCAUGACCUGGCCUGGCUGGAUGACAUCCUCCCUGAGAAGGACAAGAAGAAAAAGGAUGACGAGAAAAAGAAGAAAGUGAGAAAGAAAAGAGAUCAUGACAGUGAUGAGGAGUUGAAAUGUCCCGGUGAUAGUCUUCCCUCAGUGAAGAUACCAAAGGAGCCACCAGAAUGUACAUCAUCCUCCUCCCCUGACCCUAACUCAUAACUCUGCACAUGAAGAUCUCCUGCCAUCCAUCUCCACCUCAGCCACUCUCCCAUGUUUAGGUGGAGCCCAGAUACACGGGGAUGGAUUUACCAGCAGCAGCAUGAGACUGGCAGUGAAACCACAUUACGUUGAAAUAAGAAUCUUUGUUGUUUGGGGGGAAAUGUUUAUUAAAGGUGGAAUAAUACAGGAAAAAAAUUAUGUCUAACCUAAAACUUCUUGUGCUUUGCCUUAGGUGUCUAAUGAAUAUAAAAUUAUUUUCAUCUCUAGUGAACAUGUGAAAUUUUAUAAACAACAACUGCUUAGGUCAGUUAACAGCAGCCUUUAAAUUGCAUAGCACAUAAAUGAACUUCAGAACUCUCUACUAGAAGAACACCUACUAUAUAACACAAUAAUCAGUCAUUUAUUAAAUAAAACACAACGUCAGGCUUUGGUGUUGCUUUGUGCGUAAUAAAACCAGGUAAUUGAAUCUGAAAAUAAUCUAUUUCUUCAGUAGACCCUGGAUUUAAUUAAAAAGUAACUAUAAGAAUGUACUAAAAGUAACUUAGAUUGAAUGUUGACUUAAAAUAUAUAUUUGAAGUUUAGCAGGAUUUAAAAUCAACUUAUGUGUUACAAUAUUAACAUAUGUUUGAAAUUGUUAGUUAUUGUUAGUUGUUUACACUAAUUCCUCUAUUUUAAUGAAUGUACUACAGUGCCCUCCACUAAUAUUGGCACCCUUGGUAAAUAUGAGCAAAUAAGGAUGUGAAAAAUUGUCUUCAUUGUUUAACCUUUUGAUCUUUUGUUUAAAAAAAAAAACAGAAAAUAAACUGUUUUCAUGAAUAUCAAACAAUUGCAAAUAAAACACAGGCUUAUCAAAAAAUACCUUUGUGAAAUAUAUGUGUGCAACAAUUAUUGGCACCCUUUUAGUCAAUAAUUUGUGCUACCUCCCUUUGCCAAGAUAACAGCUCUGAGGCAAGGGAUUUGAGACCAUUCAUUCAUAUAUAGAAUCUCUCCAGAUCCUUCCAAUUUUAAGGUCCAAACUGGUGGACUCUCCUCUUCAGUUCACCCCACAGGUUUUCUAUGGGUUUCAGGUCAGGGGACUGGGAUGGCCAUGGCAGGACCUUGAUUCUGUGGUCAGUAAACGAUUUUUGUGUUGAUUUUGAUACAUGUUUUGGGUCAUUGUACUCCUGGAAGAUCCAACAACUGGAUAUUUUAAGCUUUCUGGCAGAGGCAGUCAGGUUUUAAUUUAAUGUCUGUUGAUAUUUGAUAGAGUCCAUGAUGCCCUGUAUCCUAACAAAAUGUCCAGGUCCUUUGGCAGAAAAACAGCUCCAAAACAUUAAAAAGUCACCACCAUAUUUAACCUUGGGCAUGUGGUACUUUUCCAUAUGGCUAUCUCUCUGUGUGCACCAAAACCAACUCUGGUGUUUAUUGGCAAAAAGUUCUAUUUUGGUUUCAUCUGACCAUAGAACCUGAUCCUAUUUGAAGUUCCAGUGGUGUCUGGCAAACUGAAAACACUUGGUAUUGUUUUUUUGGAUGAGAGUACAGGCUUUUUUUCUUGAAACCAUUCCAAACAACUUAUGGUGAUGUAGGUGACUUCAGAUUUUAAUUUUGGAGACUUUCUGACCCCAGGAUGCAAGUAACUUCUGCAAUUAUCCAGCUGUGAACCUGCUCUUCACAGUGCGUUGAGACAAUAUAGACACACAUCCUCUUCUUCUAGGUUGAUUCAUAACAUUUCCAGUUGACUGGAACUUUAUUGCCCUGAUGGUGGAAAUAGGCAUUUUCAAUGCUUGUGCUAUAUUCUUAUAGCCACUUCCCAUUUUGUUAAGCUCAACAACCUUUUGCUGCAAAUCACAGCUGUAUUCCUUAGUCUUACCCAUUGUUAUGAAUGACUAAGGGAAUUUGGCCCAUGUGUUACCUCAUAUUUAUACCCCUGUGAAACAGGAAGUCAUGAUUGAACAAUUUCCUGUUCCUGGUCAAACAGGUGUACUAAAAAAAUGUAGAAUAUCAGUGGGAACAUAUUUCAAAUAUAUCUUUCUCAUAUGAAUUCAUAGGGGUGCCAAUAAUUGUGGCACACCUAUAUUUAAUGAAGUUUUUUUUUUUUUGAUAAACCUGUGUUAUGUUUGCAAUUGUUUGAUAUCCAUGAGAGCAGAGAGUUUUUGUGAAAAUUCAAAAGGUUAAACAAUUUCACAGCCUUCUUUGCUCAUAUUUACCAAGGGUGCCAAUAUUAGUGGAGAGCACUCUAUGGGUGAAUAUGCAGUCAAUUUGUGAAGUCAUGUAAUGUAUGUUAGAAAUAAACAUAUUUUAAAAAUCAAAAAAUACUCUAAUAUUGGAAUCUUCCUCUGUAUCAAUUCAAAUCAGUGGACUCCUGAAAAAAACAAGCUAACAUCAAGGAAAAACGCAUUCUGAACACAUAAAAUAAUAUGGUUAUAUUGAAAUAAUUAUGCACAAAUAC